AAUAAACAAUAUAAUAAAAUCAUACAUAUAUAUAUAUAUAGAUUGUUCUUUGGUACGGAGUAGUUUGAGAUAUAAUUAAUCAAUCAAUCAUUCUAAGCUACUGAAAGGAAAAUAUGGGUAUUCAAAGUCAUCAACUUUCGCAACCACGCCGGCAGAAAUGGAUAUUACCACUCUCUCUCGGCCUUUUCUUCGUCUACCUUAUUCCCCUCGCUUAUGCUACUGACUUUGGCACGGCUGCGCGUUACAGCACACCCUAUAUACCAACGGCGUGUUAUGGGCAAGAUUCAACGGCUUUCCCGUCAAACAACCUAUUUGCGGCAGCUGGGGAAGGAAUAUGGAACAAUGGAGCAGCUUGUGGGAGGCAGUACACAGUGUCUUGCGUAAGUGCACCUCCCCCUAACACUUGUGUUUCAGGCACCACCGUCACGGUCAAAAUCGUUGACCGAGCAAGCACCGCCGUGUCCCACCCCUCGAGCAGCGGGGCCACCUUUGUCCUCUCUACCGACGCCUUUAAUCAGCUUGUUAAGCCCUCUUCUGCCACCUCCAUUAACAUUCAAUUCGCGCAGGUAGCAUGAUGUCAUUAGAGAAUACGGAGUAAUGAACAAUUGAACAUCCAUCACUAGCUUAGCUUAGCUUAUCUUACUGCCAGAAUGAACAAAUAUUUUAAAAUUUUUAACCAAACUUUACACAGUACAUAAAUACGGAGUAUUUCGUAUGUUUAGCUUAUUAUUUGGUUGCCUAUAUUCAAUACAUCUCGUUAUAUUUGUCCAGCUUUUAACAGAUUUUCAUUUGGAAAAUGGGAAUUAAAAAUUGAUAAAUUUUCAUA